AUGUUGGACAAAACAAUUCUUGGUGGCAGUUGGGAAAGCGUGGUGUCAAAAGACGACUACGAGAUUGACUACAGUCCAAGCCCACGUGGCUCUCCACUAAAAGACACAUCGAACAUACAAGAUGAGCCAGGCUACUUUAUCAGUCGCCACAAUCCUAAUAAGACGUUCCGUCGUGAGUCGGUUAUUGCAUCGUGGAAAAGCUUGAAAAAGGAAAGGGAGCAGGCUCUCGGAAAACGCUUCAUUUAUGUAGAUGCUGACAGUUACCAGGACUAUUACGGACGCAACAAAGUCAAAAGGUGCAAAAGUGACAGGACCGCAAAUACUCCGAGGGUACCUAAGAAGGUCAAGCGUACGUACUCAGUACUGUACAGGUAUGAUCAAACAGAAGAAAAGGUCGUAAAAGAGUACAAAUACCAGUUGCCUAAAGAGGUCGAGUCAAAUCAUCCCGUGAUGCAGAAAUCAUACUCGGAACCAUUCUUGAGGCCAGAAGUAUUGAAGCCGAAGAAGAAAGUGAAGAGGUCAUUCACCACCCUCCUUAACAUCAAGACGAAAUUCUUGAACAUAUUCACAUCCAAGAGUUAA